AUUUUGCAUCUGCAGACAUCUUCAGUACAAUUCGAGGUCUUUUCCAAUUUUUGUGAAAAAGUGAAAAACGCAGGAAAACUGUCAAAAUGUUCCGAUUCAUUGUAGUGGCAUGUGUGGCUGUUGUUGCUGUUAAUGGGUUGAGUCAAGAACUUAAGGAAAAAUUCAUGGAACGUUUAGAAACCGUAGGGGGAGAAUGUGCAGCAGAAGUAGGAGCGAACGAAGAUGAUAUUGCUGAACUUAUUGCACACAAAAUGCCUUCAAGACAUGAGGGAGAAUGUAUGAUCUUCUGUUUCUAUAAACAUUUCGAUAUGAUGCAUGCAGAUGGGUCCCUUCAUGCCGAAGGAGCAAUAAAAAUGAUGGAGCCACUUAAGGCUGAUGAUCCUGAUUUAUACGAAAAACUAAUGACUAUUGGAAAAGCUUGUGCAGAAGAAGUAUCAUCAUUAGAUGACAAAUGCAAGUAUGCUACUCUAUUAGCACAAUGUGGAGUAAAGAAAGGAAAAGAGAUGGGUUUGGAUGAAUCGCUAUUUGAAUAAAGAAGAAUUGGCAAAGAAUUUCAGUGUUGAUUGAUAUGAAUUAUGAUCCUAUUUAACUAUAAUGUUCUGAAUAAAUGUUUUACAUAAAAUACCAAUUGUAUCAAAUGAAUCAUCCUAUGUAGAAUAAAUCAUUCUAAAUACAUA